CUUGAUGAUGCAUUUCAUUGAGUAAAUGCAAUCUUGAACCGACCUCUGGCCUCCUCAAGUUAUUACAGUUUGGCGACGAGGAUAAACAAGGGGGAAUACUUUGAGGACGAAAGGAGUUUUGUUGAAGAUGAAACUUGGAUCUCAUUGAGCUGGAGCUUUGGAAAAGAAAAUGGCCAAUCUGGUGGGUCGCGUGGUGUCGGGAUGGGUGUCGCGCGCGUUCCGCAGCACCUCGAGUUCUGCCGCCACACCCCCGCUCACCCCGGACGAGCCGGCUACCGAGCACAAGCCCGAGGACUGCCCCGUGUGCGCGCACAACGAGUGGGACCCUCUCGAGGAGGUGAUUGUAGGGAGAGCCGAGAACGCCUGCGUCCCCCCGUUCACCGUGGAGGUCAAGGCCAACACCUAUGAGAAAUACUGGCCCUUCUACCAGCAGUACGGGGGAACGACAUUCCCGAAGGACCACGUGACGAAAGCAGUUGCUGAAAUCGAGGAAAUGUGCAAUAUUCUCCAGCAUGAGGGAGUUACUGUGAGACGACCGGAACCCAUCGACUGGUCAGUGGAGUAUAAAACCCCGGACUUCACCUCCACCGGCAUGUACGCAGCGAUGCCGAGAGAUAUCCUGAUCGUGGUGGGGAACGAGAUCAUCGAGGCCCCGAUGGCCUGGAGGGCCCGGUUCUUUGAGUACCGAGCAUAUCGGCCCCUCAUUAAAGAGUACUUCAGGCGAGGAGCCAAGUGGACCACUGCGCCCAAACCCACCAUGAGUGACGAGCUGUACGAUCAGGAUUACCCCAUCUGCACCGUGGAGGACAGAUAUAAGCUGGCCGCUCAGGGGAAGUUUGUCACCACUGAGUUCGAGCCGUGUUUCGACGCUGCAGACUUCAUCAGGGCCGGCACUGAUAUCUUUGUACAGAGGAGUCAGGUUACAAACUUCAUGGGCAUCGAGUGGAUGAGACGUCACCUCGCUCCCACCUACAAGAUCCACAUCAUCUCCUUCAAAGACCCAAACCCCAUGCACAUCGACGGCACAUUUAACAUCAUCGGCCCGGGGCUGGUGCUGUCCAACCCGGAUCGGCCCUGCAAGCAGAUCGAGAUGUUCAAGAAGGCCGGCUGGACUGUGGUGACUCCUCCACCUCCUCUUAUUCCAGACAAUCACCCGCUGUGGAUGUCGUCCAAAUGGCUCUCGAUGAACGUGUUGAUGCUGGAUGAGAAGCGGAUGGUGGACGCUAACGAGUUGACCAUACAGAAGAUGUUUGAGAGUCUCGGCAUUCAGACCAUUAAAGUCAGCAUCCGGCAUGCUAACUCGCUGGGAGGAGGCUUUCACUGCUGGACGACGGAUGUGCGCCGCCGCGGGACGCUCCAGUCCUACUUCCUCUAGCCUGCCAGAGACACGCAGUUCUUAUUGAGCUCAGGUUUCAGCAUGGUUUGAUAGCGCUGUGCAUGUCAGGGCUUCUGCAAACGCCACAGAUGAACUUGAUGAAUAGAAACCUCAGUGAUCUCUGUAACAACUGCAUUUCUGGCCGGCUGUUGUAGGAAUGACUCCAGUGAAGCAGACAGAGCCCUCCCCACCACGCCACCAUGACCACAGAACAAGAGUUUCUACCUCCUAUUUACCAAAACCACAAAAAAAACAUAGCGUAUUUUGAAUUGUAAUGACUUCUUAUAUAAUGCAUUUGAAUUAUAUAUCUUCUUUUU